AGAAUGAGGAUGUUUUCAUGCGAUAUGCGUGACCUUGUCCUUGCAUGAGGAGACUUCCAGAACGUUAUUUUGACAGGAAAAAUGGAUCAUAAAGACAAGUAUAAAAAAGGAAAGCCCAAUGUUUCUAAAACCAAAGAGAAGAGGAGAGACGAAGAAGUUGGACUGCGGAAGCGGAGGCGAGACAAGUUCGUGGAUGCCAAGAGACUGAGGUUGGAUUCGGCAACAUUUGACGAUACCGAAGAACACACAAAAGAACAGGUUAUCGAGGUGGCUAAGGCGAUCCAGAAGCGCGGCAGUGCCGGCCGUCAUGACCAGCUCAAACAACUCAAGAGAAUGUUUGCACAGGGCAGUGCACUCAUUGAUGCCUUCCUCGGUGUAGACAACGCACUGCAUGCCCUCGUUGGCUUGCUGAGCGGCCGCGAUCCCACCUUGCAGCUUGAAGCCUCCUGGUGCAUCACCAACUUGUCGGCUAGCGUCCACGAGCACUGCAUGGUGGUGUUGCAGUCUGCUGCCCCCUAUCUAGUCACGUACCUCAGCGGCCAGAACGCAGCACUUCAGGACCAGUGUUGUUGGGCUCUGGGCAAUCUUGCCGGUGACGGCCCCGAAUGCCGCGAUCGUCUGGUAGAUCAAGGCGCCGUAAAACCUCUGAUCAACUUGCUCAAGUUCUGAUGUGCUGAAGCCGUUGGACAUGCCCACGCUUUU